GCURUGAGGGCUCCACAGCGUGAUGGAGGGGCUUGUUCCACCUGUCAGGGGCAUGGAGUUGGGUAGAUGCCAGUUUGCAAUGGGUCUUAAAACCUUCUGGAAGGACAACAAAGUUCUGAUUAUUAUGGGAACUAGCCUUGGGCUGGUGCAUUGGGGCUGGUUUUACGUGAAGUCCAGUCCUAUUUUCCAAGUGAAGACAGAGGAUUUUGUUCCAGAACCUGGGAUUGUGAGAUACAUGAUGCAAAGUGAUGCCAAAAAUAAAGAAMAAUAGCAUUAGUACUUUGUUUUUGGAUAUAACUAAUACUGAAGCUUUUCAUCUGUGACUGUUG